CAACUUCACUGGCAUUCGUUUGCGAACCGCGACACGGUGCGGGUCGUGUCUAUUUCCUGAUUGUUUCCUUCAUCCCAAUUUUCUUUCGGCUAGAUUUCGGUGCCAGAGUCACUGACACGGCUCAAAUCAAGUGACUUUCAACGCACCAAAUUGUCCACCAUCGUUUGAGAAAGUAAAAGAAAUCGAAUAACAAUCCGGAUAGAGGGAAAAAGAAAAGGAAUAGAGAUUGGACAAAAUUUCUCCUUUCGUGCCUAAAUCAUCAAUUGCGUGAUCGCGUUAUUAUAUUGCUGGACAGUAUCGUAAGGAACAAGCAAGACGGUAAGAAGGAAUAAAGUAUCAAACGGUAUUUCAUCGCGUUCCUCGUGGAAAGUGCUGCACGCUCCGGUUCACGGUGCACCAUUCAGAGGGACGGAACAAGAGAGAGGGUAUAAGGGAGAAAGAAAGAGAAAAGUCACGUUUGCCGAAGAAAGGCGUGCGCUUUUACAGUCUCGUCUCUACGUUGACGUAGAUCCGAUCUCGACUUCCGACGAGUACACGUUACAUUAGUUUCCUUUUUUUCUUCCCUUUUAUUUUAUGAAUGGGAAACGUAUUAUUUUGUCGUUGAUAACCGAAAAGAAGAUUGCCUGUACGUGACGGGUACACAGUCCAAUGAACAUUGCGCGGUUCCGUUUCAUCGUUAAUCGACGCGCUGCGACUAAUAUCGGCGAUUUCGAGAAUCGAAAGUGAGUGAGUUCAAGUGGUAUUGGGAAUUGACUGAAAUUCACAAGAAAGACGGAAGAAAGCCGGUGAACAUGAAGCUCAGAGGAACACUCGCGCUGUUAGUCAUUGCUAGUGCUGUCUACAGUCAAAACGCGACUGUGAUCACGAGCGACGACGCCCUGCAAGGGUACGACCCCCAGUUCAUGGUCGGCUGUUACUUCCCCGCGGAAUUCCAGGGUGAAUUCGUGACACAGGUGAGCGGAAACGAAGCCGGCGGUACGAGCAACGAGCCCACUCAAUACUCCACCAUCAACAUCACGUUCAACGCGAUCCCCGUAUGGGGUUACUGUCACAGGAGAGUUGGCGAUAACGUGUUGCUAAUGGACAGGUACGGCGAUGGCGACUGCAUCCGAUGCUUCCGAUUGUUAAGGAGAUCCCGCAACGUCAUAGAGGUGUUCUCUAAAGAUCUGAACAGGUGUUACACUUCAGAAGCCACUGCUUUGGCCUCCUGCGAUUCAUUAAAUUCCACCUCGAUUUUAUACCGUACCAGGGAGAUUGGAAAUAUUCCCAUAAGAAACGAGUACUGUCCGAUAACUGGCCAGUAUCACUUCACCUACAGUCUUAAUAAUGGAUCUAGCAAAGCUAUCGAGUGCAACAGCUUCUCGUCUUCUUUCCACAACUGUCCCGACGGCUCUGUCUUGAGAUUACACUUCAAUCGUUGCAACUUUGAGCCUCACAUGAAUCUUACAUUCAAUUGCUUGGGCAACUGGCCUGGCCCGAACGGUUCUACUUACUUUGCUCUGAUGGACAUCAGUGCAAACUAUGAAGGUCGUCCGCAAUACAGAUGUGGGCUAUUUCACGUUGACAAUAAAAAAGGGAAAACGUACAUGGCACUGAGCAGCGAUUCGAGCUGUACACAGAAUUUGGAUAAUUCCACUAGUGGAUACGAAACGUUGGUUCUUAGUAAAGUUCCCAAUCAGAAGAAGAUGCCAAAUUAUGUAAAGACUCACGUAGCAACAUUCCCAAAAUGGGCACAGGGUGUGUGGGAAGAGUCUCUGAUUAUCAAUGGCACUAUGACUUUCACUGAUCUCAAUGGUUAUAAUAGUUAUACGUUCAUCACCGUUGAUUCGAAUGAAGAAACUGGUCGUUACAUUGUUUACUCCAAAAAUCAAUGCGAACAAGUGGCUUACGUGUGUUUAAUGAUGAGGCAACGAAGUGAAAAUGUAUUAGAAUUUGCAAUAGGAAUGGUAUUAAAUCCAACUUAUCAGUCUUAUUUGUGCGAUGAUGUUAAUUUAGACAAACCAGUUUGGAUGACACAAGCACGGAUUGAACGUGCGGUAGAAUCACCUUGCCCAAUUACUGGACAAUACAUGGGCAUGAUAACUGACCUAUCAGGAAUGUGUGCUGAAUUAAGCAGCAACUGCAACACCCGCGAAAUAAUGUAUUUCAAAGUUACUGAUUGCGAAUCCGGAGAGCUCUACGAAGAACGAACAUAUUUGUGUCUGGGACAAUGGGAAGAGAAAGGUGUCAUGUAUGCGUAUACUAUGAGAAAUGAUACCAGUACGAACGAAUGUUUCGUUGGCUUGAUCGUAAAUGACGAAGAAAUCUAUAUCAAAGAAGCGGGAGAUCAUUGCAUGAGAAAUAUUGAUCCUAAGAAAGAAGGAAUGCGGUUGUAUAAGAAGGGUCAGUGUUAUGGAAAUUCUCCAAGUCCUGCGCCAACGCCAAUGAAACCAAUCCCUCACAAUCCGAUAAUGAGAAUCACCACAACUCCGCGGUCGAGAAUAUCAGGUACAACCAACAUAUCAGGAAAUAAUAUCCCAUCAUUUGCUGCAUGCAAAGCCACUGUAUCUUAUCCUUUCGUGAUAUUUACAAUGAUAAUUACAUUUUCACGAAACAUUUACAUGUAAGUUUAACUAGCAACGCCAUUAAUAAUGACCAAUGAACUAAUGAGUGAAACGUAGAACAAAAAAAUCUUACUGUCAUGAAAAGAA